GCGCUAACAUAUAACAUCUCUCAGCAUAACAGAGCAUAACAUGUGCGGUCGCAUUUAUGCUUACUAUCUGCCAUAAUAUAAUAUUAUAUUCAUUAUUUGUGCCGUUAAUAAGGCGCAUGAGUUGCCAACGCAUUAGGUGAACAUUGAAAACUCGCUGAAAUGGGGAAAAAGAGAAAACUUGUCGACGAGGACCAUAAUGUGGAGGAAUACAAUUUACCGGCCAAACAUAUGAACACAAGUCAUAUUAGAACAAAUGAGCGAAGGCUCAUUGUAAUACUGGAAGGUGCUCAGCUAGAAACCGUCAAGGUUGGACCGGUUUUUGAGCUUCUGAACUGCGAUGAUCACCUAAAUAUUCUGAAAAAACACAAUCGUGACCCCGGAAGCUGUCGACCUGAUAUCACACACCAAUCGUUAUUGAUGUUGAUGGAUUCGCCGUUGAACCGAGCUGGAUUGCUUCAGGUGUAUGUGAAAACUGAGAAGAACGUCCUUAUUGAAAUCAAUCCACAAACAAGAAUCCCACGUACUUUCAAGCGAUUCGCAGGUUUGAUUGUCCAAUUACUUCACAAGUUUAGUAUAAAGGCUAGUGAUUCACCACAAAAGCUAAUGCGCGUUAUCAAAAAUCCAAUCACGAACCAUCUUCCUGUUGGUUGUCGAAAGUUUGCUAUGUCAUUUACUGCAUCUAAAGUGCAGCAUCCCAGAGAGCUUGUACCCAAGCAGGACGAACCGGUAGCGUUUGCUAUUGGUGCUUUCGCACAUGGAAAUUUGAACCUGGACUACACAGAGGGAACAUUUUCCAUAAGCAACUAUCCGCUAUCAGCGGCUCUCGCAUGUACCAAACUAUGUACAGCCUUCGAAGAAUCGUGGGCAAUCAUUUAGUUUGUAGCUAUAUUGUUCGAAAGAAAUAUAAGUCAUUACAAGAAAAAGGAAAUAAUUGUGGGCGAUAUAGAGAAAAUUUGCGAG